AUGGGUGUGGGUGAUAUGGAUAGAAGAUUUGAAAAUAAAUCUCGAGGGCUAUAUUUCGAAGGAUCCCUGGAUGAUGAAAAUGAAGAUCUAAUACUGGAUCUAGAGUCCAAAGUUCAUACCCUCAAGAAUAUUAGUAGUAAUAUGCGAGAUGAAAUUAGGCAGUCGCAGGUUUACAUUAAUGAUCUACAUGGUAGUUACGACGAAAUUAGGAGUAUUAUCGGCCGCAAUUUACUCAAUAUGAAGCACAUACUAAAGCUAAAGUCCACAACUGAUGGAUUGAUUAAACUAGUGAUGAUGUUUUUCGGGGUAAUCCUUGUUAUUUACAUCCUCUACAAAUUUAGAGGAUGA